CUACUAUCGCGGGCGAGUUUGCCUCAGCCUCCAAGGCUUCCUUUCUCUUAAGCCUUUCACGAAAGCCCGUUCAGCUGGUGCUGGGACACUUGCUGGGUUAACGAUCCUUCAUUUCUUUGAGCACUUGAGUUCUGCGUUGCUGUACUCUGUCUCUUGCUUUGCUUUGCUUGUAUCGUCUACUCCACCUUGAGAUACGAACGAUAUGUUGCCGCCACGAGCAUGUAUAUAUUCAUUGGCCUGAAUAUUGUCAGAGCCCUGAGCAUCAUUGCUCUGCUGCUAGUUUUCUCGAGCAGUAUCUUCACCUUGGUCAACGACGUCGAAGCCGCGAACGCGUUCAUGGCUGCCAAGAAGGCGGGGAAUGCCACCGAGACGUCAGACAUGGUCGAUUGCGAUUACGUCGAAGGGAGCACAGUCCCCAACCAGCCCGCAGGCGAAUUCUGGGCGGUCCUCAACCGCCUGCUCAUCAUAUUCCAAGUCAUCAUCCUGAUCCUUUCGGAAAUCGGCUGGCCCAUGAAGGCCUUUGACAAGUGGUUCCCGGUCCUGGGCAGCAACUUCGGCGUCGGAGCCCUGGGCGUCAUUCAAUGCCUUAUUGGCGCCGCCGUUCUCUCCCACCACGUGGACGACUUCUCGCUCGUCUCGGCGUUCUUCCUGUUCGCCCUUGGGUGCCUGAACAUAGCCAUCGGGCUCAUCUUCCGUGCUUCCGUCAAGACAAGACGGUCCAUUACGUCCUGGAAGGAACGCGCCAAGGAUGUCCUGCCGCCGCCUGUUGCUGGUCUGAUGAGCCCGCCGGCGGCUUCUUUCAUGUCCAGUGUCUUCAGUACCGAGAAGCAACCUGAGCGGCCUAUGAGCCCGGAGGAGGUCUUGGCUACGAGGCCUGGGUUUGGGUUCGGCAGACAGGGAGAAAAGAAGGCUGCCUUGAAGGGUUUCCUGCUGCAAAGACCGGUGGAAUCGCUGCCGAGAUAUGCACCGAAGCCCACGUCCGAGUCCGGGCAUGCUGACGAGAAGGAUUAGGGCGAUCAGGCUGUUCGGCCUCCUCCUUGGACGAUGGACUUCGGACCUGGGUUUCGGCUUCAUGGCCAGACGGCCCAAUACAUAUUGUACACCCACGUGUCUCUCGAGGACGUGAUACUAUUGGCUCGACCUUCACUAUAGGCAGCAUCUCGUUAAUAUCCGAUGUAUCAAGUAGAAGCACUGCUCUGUAUUAUUCCGG